AUGUCGUCUGAAGACAGAAUCCUCCGGAAUGUCGUCCGGCAAAGCACUCUAGAAGAGGCGAAUCGUAACGUCUUUCCGCCACAUACGCAGGACUCCACCGCAAAUGGAAGCCUCACGCCUUCGCCGACUCUGACCGGCAAGCCGUACCCGUUCUUUGUGCCAAGCACUGUGAAGAGCACUUUGGGUAGUCCUACUGCUUUGGCUAUUGGAGCUUUCUCAACGACGCUUACCACCUUGUCGUUUUCGCUGAUGCAAUGGAGGGGGCUAUCGACCAACAAUGUCUUCAUUGGGAACUUCUUCUUUGUUGCGGGUAUCGGAAUGGUGAUUUCAGCGCAGUGGGAGCUCGUGCUGGGUAAUUCUUUCGGCUACACGGUUCUCAGCGCAUUCGGAUUCUUCUACGGCGGGUUCGGCGCCAUAAUCACGCCCUUCUUCGGCGUCGCGGAAGCCUACGGCACGAACUCGGCCGAUUACAACAACGCCCUCGGCUUCUUCGUCCUGAUGUGGACCGUCCUCAACACCUUCUUCCUCAUCGGCUCCCUCCCCAUUAACUUCGUCUACAUCGGCAUCUUCUUCUUCGUCGAGCUGGCCUUUGCGCUGGUGUCAGCCGCCUACUUCGCUGCGGCUGACGGGGCUGCCGACAGGAGCGUCGCGCUGAACAAAGCGGCGGGCGCGUUUGCGUUCUGCGCGGGCAUGCUAGGGUAUUACACGGUGGCCCACCUGAUGUGUCAGACUGCGUGCGGGUUUAGUUUCCCGAUGGGGGACACGAGCAGGUUCUUUGUGAGGGAGAGGAAGAGGCCGGAGGGGGAUGUUCAGGGUUUGGAGGGGGAACAGGGGCUGGGUACCAAAGGCGAGGAGUAG